ACACCUCUGUCUCUUUCCCUCUGCUGCACUCUGUCAAUCCAAUAGGGUUUGUGCUCCGAUUUUAUUAACCCUACUGAUCCCCUGCCCCAAGCCCCUUCUCCCUUGGGCAAGCCAGUGGGCUUGAUCACAGGUAGCUGCCUUCCUGGCCCUGCCCUGCCCAAGGGCAGCUAUUGGAGACAAUGGCUGAAAAGGAUGACAAGAAUUUGAAAGCCCUAAAAGAGGUGUGGAGGAGAGCUGAGAAUGCCUUGUGCGCAGACUGUGGGAAGCCAGAUCCUGACUGGGCAUCUCAUACUUUGGGUGUCUUUAUCUGCCUGAGCUGCUCAGGUAUCCACCGCAAUAUCCCUAACAUUAGCAAAGUUAAAUCCUUGAGGAUGGACCACUGGGACGAGGCCCAGGUGCAGUUCCUGGAGCAGCAUGGGAACGCGGUGGCUAAAGCCACGUACGAGGCUCACAUCCCCAUUUACUAUUACCAGCCAACCCACGCCGACUGCCAAGUCCUGAGGGAGCAGUGGAUACGGGCCAAGUAUGAGCGCAAGGAAUUCACCGAGCCAGGGAAACAGCUGCCGUAUUCCAACGGGCUGAAGGAAGGGAUCCUAUGGAAACGGGGCCGGGAUAAUGGGCAGUUCUUACCCCGCAAGUUUCUCUUGUCUGAGCGAGAUGGGUGUCUCAAGUAUUUUGCCAAACCGGACGCAAAAGAGCCCAAAAUAAAUAUUAAAAUUGACACCAUCAAUGCCACAUUCCAGCCAGUAAAGAUCAGGAACCCCAAUGGCCUGCAGAUCAGCUACCUCAAGGAUAACAAGACCCGCAAUAUCUUCCUUUACCACGAGGAUGGAAAGGAGAUAGUGGACUGGUUCAAUGCGAUACGUGCAGUGCAGGUUCAUUACCUGAAGGUGGCAUUUCCCAUGGCCAGUGACAAUGAGAUCAAAAGCCGACUAAUGCAGAAAUUCCUGAAGGAGGGGUACAUGGAGAAGACUGGUCCCAGGCAGAGAGAGGCCUUCAAGAAGCGCUGGUUCACACUGGAUCACCGCAGACUCAUGUACUUCAAGGAUCCAUUGGAUGCAUUUGCUAAAGGCGAGGUGUUCGUGGGCAGUAGGGAGCAUGGAUACAGCGUCAAGCAAGGGCUGCCAGCGGGGGCUCAGGGCAGCUUCUCCUGGCAGUACGGCCUCACCAUCGUUACCCCCGACCGGGAGUAUCUCUUCACCUGCGAGACAGAGAGUGACCAGCAGGACUGGAUCGCGGCCUUCAGUCGGGUCAUUGAACAGCCCAUGACCCCCCAGGAGUAUGCAAUUGAAGCCUACUUCAAGCUCAGCUCCUAGGAACCCCCCGGAGAACUGGACUGCAGCUCUACUCUGCCUUAGCCCUUUGGGAGGGUGCUAUGGGAGAGAAGAGGAGCUGUGCACCAGAGAAUCUAGACUCUCCCAGUACCUCAUGGUUUGGAGCACUUUUUCUUAAACAGAUCAACCAACCUCCCUUUGUUGCAGGGGGGCAAAUUAGGCUGUACCCCUUUAAAUGGAAGACACAUUUCAAGACUGAACAUUCAAAGCAACCAGUCACUGAGACCACUCCUAAGCAAUGUUGUGAUCGAACUGGAGACUGGAAGGGUCUGUCAUCCAAUCAGGC